UCGCACGUUUAUGAGAGAAAAACAAUUUUGAUUUUAUUAUUAUUUGCAAGUUAAACACAAACAAUGGAUAGGAUAGGAAAAAUAGACGAUACUGCAUAUUUCGGUCCAUAUAAAGCUACUCGUUUGUGGAAUGAUGUUAUUACUACUUUUCGACAAUAUUUACCAUGUGGUCGACAUAGGAGGUAUAUGAAAACGUUUGAUAAUUGUUUUUCCGGCUCUUCAGCAACAGAAUGGCUUCUGCAAUAUUUGAAGAAUAAUCCAAACUUUAAUGAAGAUGUUUCUAGAGAUAAAGCCCUAUCUUUGUUGAAUAAGCUUUACAAGGCAGGUAUUUUUCAAGAAGUUAAAGUUUCAAAAACAAUGCGACACAAACCAGAUGUUCAAGAAAAUAGACUCUAUAGAUUCCUUCCAAUAUCUCCUUCAAAAGUAAAAAUUUCGAGACUGCCUUUGGCUCCCAGAAAUGAUGCUGGUAUUAACCAUUCAUUACCUACUAGUAACUUUGUUCAGGAUAAGAUAAGCAAGGACAGACAGGCAAACAGUUGCAGGGAUAGCAAAGUGAAUGAAUCUAAAGGACUCUCAGUGUUGACACGAAAGAUCUCUUUCUUAAGGAAAGACAAGAGUCAGAAAGAUAAUGAAAGACCUGAAAGUUAUCCCCCAUGUCAUCUUAUCGCCAGAGUAUUGACAACCAAGGAAAUUAAAGAUACAUGGAAAACUAUUUUUGUCCAGAGAUUGAAGAAAACGAUUGGUGUUAGCAGACUUGGUGAUAUUGUUCAUCUAGACAGUAUUGAUGGCUACAAUGUGAUGCACAACUGUAUUUACCUCAACAAAAGUGGAAUAGUUACAAACAUUGAUGCUAAAGAUCAGCUUCCUCAUUGGGUCAUGUCAGCCAUGAAAUGCUUAGCACGCUGGCCAGAACCACCAGAGCCUGGUCUUCCAAGCUACCUGGGCUUUGAAAAAGAUGUUUUUACAGUUGUUAAGGAUUACUUCCUAGGUCUUGAAGAGCCACUUGUCCCCUACAGCUUGUAUGAAGUCUUCACUAAUGUUUUUGUGAUGGCUGGAAAUAAUCAACCUAGACAUUCAUCACCUCAUCAUACACAGGAAGAAUCUGGUGGACCAAGUAGUUUGUGGACAUCAGCAUCACUAGAAAAUAUCAUUCUUAAUCUAACAAAAAAAUAUUGCCUACUUGACAAUACUGAACAACAUUAUGGCACUCUUGAAGACCUGAGAUCAAAAAGCAUCCAGCACCCUCACUUUGGCACUCAGGAAGAUCUUAGAUUUGUCAGUCAUAUUGACAAAACAUUUGUCACCUACAACAAUCAAAGUGCUUUCCCAAGUACUGAUGGAAUGGACCAGCUGGGACAUAGUCAAAGCUACAGAAAGCUGAAUAAAUUUAAGGCCUCUGCACCUUUGCAUCAUAAGAGCUGUAAAACAUUGUCCAGAACAACUCAAUCUGCUAGAGAAGCAGAUUCUGACAUCCAAACGGAUACAACUGCUCUGAUGAGAAAGUAUGGUUCUGCUCCUAACUUGAAAGUCUCAAGAUAUGAAACAGCUUUUGGGCCAGAUAACCGUACAGUGACUAGAGUUUUUUACCAGAAUGGGAUGACGACUGACUUUGGCCAUGAUGAAGAAGAAGAAGAUAGCUCACAUGAAGAAGAAUGUAACAGACUCAAAGAGGAGUAUUGUGCUGAGUAUAAAAGCUUAACUCCAGGGAAGCUGAUAACCAAGUGCCAAUCCUCUCUGGAUCUCAGUGCAUGUUCUGUUAGAAAGGAAACACACAACAAUAGCCAGAGGCAUAGCACCAGCUUUAGUGGCAGCCUUAACAAAAGCAGAGAACACAAUUCAAGCUUUGUUGCUACCUCAGCAAGUAAUGAUGUUUCAAAGCAUACAUCUCACUUUGAUGAUCAAGUUAUUUAUGAGCACGAUCAAAUAAGGGAGACAACCGAAGCACAAUUUGAUCAAGUUAAAGAACCAAAGUCACCCCUAAAUAUGUCAACCACCAACCCAGCAUAUAAUAAAACCCAUGAUUUUAAUAAAUCAUCCUCCAGUCCUAGAUUGAAAGAAGAAAAUGGGGACCAAUAUGCAAAGUCUUUGCCAUAUUCCCCUGUCAAGAGGGCUUCCUCGUUUCAGUGUAAUACUCAGUUAGUAGAAGCAUAUGGUCCUGGCUACAGACCACCAAGGGAAUGCUAUAACAGACAGAACUCAUCACCAGCCAUCAACAGUCAUAAUGAAGCUAAAUUGAAAAUCCACUCCCCCAAUAAUUCUGUAAAUCCUGGAUUAGCUUAUAAGCCUGUUCUGGAUGAUUCUAGGCAAGACAUAACAGCUAGCCAUGUUUCGAUUGGACACCCAAAGACCCCAGUCUCUUCCAAGUAUGAUCCCCAAUCAUGUUUGACAGAUGAUUACACCCCUGGCAUUAGUCUGUCUCACAUUACUCCACUUUACAGCACCAGGGGAAAGAUGUAUGAGAGGUCUGGCAGGGAAAGCACUUUCAUUAACUUCCCACAGACUCGACUGUCAGAGGAAAGAGCCAAGAACUCAUUGCAAAUGAUAAGCCUACUUUUGCCUCCUGCUAAUCGCAGGAAGCUGCAUCUGUUAUUUAAAAUGAUGAUCAAAAUGACUUCUAAUCCAAAUCUCUGCUUGGACCCUUCUCAGACCACACGCAGCUUGGUUUUGGGCACAUUUUACCAAGCUAUAAUUAGAUCAGAGGAGGAGUGUGACUUAGAUGAGUUAGUAGUGCUGCAACUUGUCUCUUUCAUGCUGGAUUUUUAUGCAGACAUCUUUGCACCACCCCCAGACAUUAAAACUCAAGUCAGUGAGAGGCUCAAAAUAAUGCAAAAACCACAGAUUGUUUAUUCUCCUAGACCCGAGCGGACUGUGAGAUUUUGCCAGCAAACUAGUGUUACUGACUUUGAAAAUCAAAGGUCAUCUACAUCUCAGUCUGCCCUAAAAGAUUUGCUUGAAGGGAUUAUCUCUGACAAGAACAUGAGUAGCAAAGAAAAAGCUAAGCGUCUGAAACAGUUUGAGAAAACGUACCCAACCAUCUAUGCCUUACGCUUUCCUAAUCCAGAAUCAGAGGCCAGCGUGUUACCACAAAAAGUGAAAAAUAAACCAUCUCUUAAGACUUUACCAAUUAGCAGGCAAAAAGGCCUUCGUUUUUAAUUUAUAUUUUUUAAGUUUUCAAAUGUUAAUCAAAACAAUUACAUAUUCAGAUUAGUUUUGUUUUUUCACCCCCAUUAAAUAGCCAUUUAUUUGAAACACAUUGAAAAGGUGCUAAUUUGAAGUUGAUUAAAAUUGUUAAUGAUUUUUAUAUUACACUAUGCAACAGAAUGUUUGUUGAGAUAUCAUGUAUUUUUUUUUUAGUCACUUUGUGAAUGCCUUAAUUUUUCAAUGGCUUCACUGACUACUCUUUUGCUGAGCUUAUUCUUUUUUUUUUAGUAUCACAUGUUAAUGUGGAAAAUUAUUACCUCAAUUUGAUUUUUCUUAAAAUACAAACAAAACUGUUAAUAACUAUAGUAUCACAUGGUGCCUUGUUGAAACUUCUAUUUUUAGAAUUCUAUGCAUUUUUUAUUUACAAUAAUUGUCCACUAUGUUUAGUGUUGCUUUGUAAAUACAUUUUAUAUAGUUAAUAUUGUUAAUAGUGCAUGUCGAAAAUUGUAAUUAAAAAACUUUACAUUUUUAAGACUUUUUAACUUUAUUUUAUAGUCUAUUGUAUCCAUAAGAACAUAUUUUUUUACAGAUGCCAUAAUAUGUACAGGCUAUUUAUUUCAUGUUACAUAAGCAACAAAAGAGAUCAAAUACUUUUUAAAAAUGUAAAAUUGUUUUUUUUUACUUUUAUUGUUGGAUGAUUGUUUAUAAUAUAGGCUUCUAACAACAAUUUCUAUUUUUCUUUUUGAGUCAUUAUGGACCUCAACUAUUCCUAUACUGGCACAACUGAAAAUGGUUUAGGAAAUUGGUUUAGUUAAGCUUCAUCCUCAUUCCACUUUUGUCCCAGUGUUAUUCUGCUAUGCAGUUGUUUUUUUUAAUCACUAUUCCAUUUACACAUUUUUUAAUUACUUUCAUUACAUAACAAUGUUUUUGGAUUCUGCUAGGUUGGAACAGUGCUACGCUUCAAUUAUUGUAGAUAUGAAUUUUGAAAUAUAUUAAAACUGUUUACAAAAUCAGAAAUUAAUAUUCUUAGAAGGAAUAUUUGCAAUUGCAAUACGGUUUGUUUUUUUACCUAAAAAUGGUUUAGUGAUAGCUAUAAUAUUCAUUUUUCAAAGUAUGUUUUCUGAUUGGCUUUUUAAACCAAAUUAUUAUUUAUAACGUUUCACCUUUCUAGUUGUAUUUAAUCCAUCAUGGUUUCAAUGUCAAGUUAAAAACUUGUAGUUUUACUUGUAUGUAAUUCUACCAAUUUGACAGGUACCAAACACUGUUUUUCUUGUGAUGAUCAUGUGAAGAUAUUCAGAUGAUCACUUGAGAUUACAACCAAGCAGAAUCCAUUAUUAGUAGGAAAUAUUUGCUAUUUACAGCUUUUAACCAAGGUGUGUUUGAAUAUUUUACUACGUAUAUUUGUUAUAAUAUGCCUGUAGUUAGAUUAGUUAGCUUGCAUUUAUAAUGCCACAAACAUAUUCUUGUUAAUGAUUAGAAUUGAUUUCUGCUUUAAGUGUCUCUAUUUAUCUAGUCACCUUAAUCAAGCUUUGGCAUUUUUCUUUGAAUUAAAGUUUUUAGUA